GGACAUUUAGGGCUCUAGUCAUGAAGUGCUCAUUGACAUGUUCCUUCCCGUUUCACUGAAUCUUCAUUCUUUUGGUGCCUGUUUUGUCGGCGGCAGCUGCCAUAAAAUUUUCAAGAGUGGGAAACCCGAAGCCCAAGGAUCCAGACCUUGUGUUGCGAGAUUCCGCAGGACUGAACCGCAUUGUUGUGGGAGAAUAAGGCAGGCCCAAAACCAGCAGUUCAAGGCCAUCUCGCGGCACCAACAAACAACCAACAAACAGCAACAGAGUUUGCAGUGCAAAACGAGAAGCCAGCAAACAACCUUGUUUCAGGAAGUUCAAGUCAAUAGUUUUGUUCCCAACACAUGGCAUACCGUACCCGCAGAAUAGAAUUCAAUAGAAUCCCAGUUCAACUAACCGAGCAAGAAGCAAACCGAAAGGUGGGCGUUGGUCUCACAAACUCACAAUCGACCCAUCAGCUCAAAACAGAACAAUCAUAUUCUAUAUAUCUACCAUGGGCAACGAAUCCACUAUGAGUACAGCCACCACGCCGCUACUGCACCAUGCGCCACAGACUCCCAAGCAUCCACCAUCACCUCCCACCACCACCAAGCCACUGGACAGUCCAGCUUCCGAGCAUUCUUCUUCAGACGAUGACGACGACGACGACGACAUGCCUCCAUUGACCGAGACUACUCGAAGCAGUGUCAUGUCCAGUCCUCCCCAGCACAGAGGAAUGUUGAGUAAUCGAAGUGAAGCCACGUCGACGUCGGUGGGAACGGGAGGAAGCUCUGGUGUCCGAGCGGCCAGUUUGGCAGAGAAUCUCAUGAGGACACAGCAGAGAAAUCCCAUGGACAUUUACAAGCUCGUCAGUGUCCUUGGCGAAGGAUCCAUGGGCUCGGUUUGCAAAGUCCGCAAACGUUCGUCUGCCGUGGGAGGAUCGGCACGUCCCGACUUUGUGCAGAGAUCCAUGAGUUAUGGUGACGAGGAACACGAAGAAAACCUCGAGCCGUGCUGUUUCACCCUCCCCCUCAUUGGACAACUCAUUCACAAGAUGAUACCCCGCAAACAAAAAGCCAGCACUAUUAAUAACAAACGACCAUCCUCUGCUGAGGACUAUUAUUACGAUAGUGCACGAUCCGAACUCACUUCCAGUGGUGGCAGUGACUACUACAGUUGCAAGGAUGUCUGCUCCUCCCCAUCCCAGCAGAACCAUCCUCGCAGGCUCUCCUCGUCCAUGAUCACCUUCAACAACAACUCCAAGAAUGGCACUCGGAGACAGCAUGAAUACGCACUAAAAUCCAUUCAUCUAGACAUGUGUGCCAACACACAGCUUCAAAAAGAACUCAUCCACGAAGUCUCCAUUUUGCGAGAGAUUGAUCAUCCUCAUAUUGCACGGGCCAUUGAAACCUUUGACUUUCAGGGAAGACUCUACAUUUGCCUAGAGCUGUGUUCCGGAGGUGACCUGUACUCGAGAGAUCCUUACACGGAACUGGAAGCAGCCAAUAUCGUUUCAGGAGUCCUCAGUGCUGUCUCGUACUUGCACUCCAAAGGCAUCAUUCAUCGCGACUUGAAAUUUGAGAACAUUAUGUUUGCCGACAAACGACAGGAUGCGGAAGUCAAGCUCAUCGACUUUGGUCUCUCGCAAAAGUUUGCCAGCCAAGAGGAACACAUGUCCGAUGCUGUGGGAACCGUCUACACGAUGGCUCCCGAACUGCUCGCGGGACAUUACAACUCCAAAGCUGAUGUUUGGUCGAUUGGUGUCAUCUCGUACAUGUUGAUGAGUAGCAGCAUGCCAUUCUUUGGCAAGACACGCUAUCAGGUCAUGAAACAAAUCUGCAAAGGCAAAGUCAAGUUCGCCUCACGCAAAUGGAAGAAAGUGUCCAAGUAUGGCAAGGGAUUUGUCUUGCAUUUGCUAGAGAGUGACCCACAGGAACGUCCAUCGGCAGAUCGUGCCUUGAAGUAUUGUCAAAGAUGGAUUCGACGCUUGGAGGAAGAAGAGACAGAGCGCAUCCUGCAGGAAGGAGGUUUGCCAGCCGAAAGCUAUUCGUCUCAAGAUUCACGAAAGGUUUGUUGGAGUUCUUCCAAGCACGGUAGUUUCCGUGAUGGAAGCCAUGACAUUGAGAUGAUGGAUCGCAUCCAGGCGAGCAUCCAAGCCUUUGCACAAUACAAUACACUGAAGAGGCUGGCACUCAUGGUCAUUGCCUACAAGAGCACGGCAUCGGAGAUUGGAUGGCUUCGCAGCACCUUCAAUCAGUUCGACCUGCUCCACAAUGGUGAAAUUAGUCUUGGAGAAUUCACGCAGGCCUUGUCAGAUGUCUACGACUACAGCGACGAAGAAAUGGAAGCCCUGUUCGAGGCCAUGGACGUCGAUGGAACUGGCAGCGUCCAUUACACAGAAUUUUUGGCUGCGACCAUUGAAGCCCACGGAUUCAUUGACGAAGACCGCAUUGCGGAUGCCUUUGAUCGCAUUGAUUGCGACGACAGUGGCUUCAUUACCAUUCAGAAUUUGCGCGACUUUCUUGGGGACGAUGUCCCGCAGUCUUAUCUGGAAGCCAUCAUCGACGAUGCGGAUAGGCUAAGAGAUAAACGAAUAUCCUAUGAUGAGUUCCUUCAGCUUUGGGAUCCAUCAUGCGAUGCCACUCUUCGUGAUGCCAAAAGAGAAGUCGCAGAGAGAAGAACCAGACGAUCAGAGUCUUUGCUCCUUUCUUUGUCGCGAGAGGGCUCAAUCUUGUCGGACAGCGACGAUGACGACGAGGAUGACGACGGACACGACAAUCCCGCAGCGGAACAGCAUCAACCCAAGCAACUGCCUGCGAUCGAUCGGGAGGCCACGGAGGAGGCUAUGUUAAGAGUUGUCGACAAAACCCCAGUGAUAAGCAACGUGAGGAACAUGAGAGCCCACGAGUAUCGUGCAAUCGAGUUUUUCAGCCAACGAAAGGCCCUGUCAUUGCGGAAUUGGUACUGAGCUUGCACAGCUGCUCGCACCUAGCCGUUGGCCGCCAGCUAACGGGAGACUGGCGUGAAUGUACAUUGCACACUUCGCUUGCUUAAAUGCCUUUUCCACACCCAAAGAAAGUGAAGAUGGACGCCGCAAAAAACAAACAGUUCAGUAAUGCAUUUUCUUGAAUAAAUUUUGAUUUGGUUUUGUUG